GGACAUGGAAGCAAUCACAAGAUAAGUGAUGAAGGGGUUUAUUCUGCCAUCAAAUGCAUUGACCGGAGUCGCCUCUCCAAGUUGGGUGUGGAGAACCUGAUUUGUGAAAUACAGCUCCUCAAGAAGCUUAAUCAUCCAAAUAUUGUCAAAAUGGAGGAUUUUCUAUGGGACCAAAAGAACAUCUAUAUAGUGAUGGAAUACUGUGGUGGAGGAGAUCUCUCAAAGCUGAUUCAGAGGCAAAAGCGUUUAUCAGAACAAGUGUGUCGACGAUAUCUUCAUCAGCUGGCCAAGGCACUCAAAUAUUUAAGAGAGAAUGACAUUUGUCAUCUGGACCUGAAGCCAGGGAACAUACUACUCUCCUCAUCUUUGAAAACUCUCAAACUUGCUGACUUUGGUUUUGCCCAGCACUUAUCUGAAGAGGAUAAGGAGACUGCUCUCAAGGGAUCUCCACUCUAUAUGGCACCUGAAAUUUUGUUAGGUAGGUCAUAUGAUGCCCGAGUGGAUCUCUGGUCUGUUGGUGUCAUUCUUUAUGAAUGCUUGUUUGGGAAAGCUCCAUUCUCUUCUUCCACCCUUGAUGAAAUCCUAAGGAAGAUCCGUGACCCUCGAGCAAAGAUUGUCAUUCCUGAUGACAAGAAUGUGAGCCCAGAAUGCACAGAUCUCCUGAAGGGACUUUUGAGACGGGAUCCAGAUGACCGGCUGGACUUCCAAGCCUUCUUUGGACAUCCUUUUGUGGAUGUGACAUCAGAUCCUCUAGAAAAAGGAAGGGCACUGCUCACUGAUGCUGUUGAAGCCGAUGCUGAUGGUCGAUACCCUGAGGCCCUUCAGGCUUACUCAAAGGGACUCCCCUGUCUUCUCAGUGCCCUCCACUGUGAGGAAGACCCACUGAAAGCAAGUCAUCUUCGUGAAAAGAUUGCCGCAUACAUUUCCCGUGCUGAGACCCUCAAGGCCAAGCUCUCUUCCAUCAACAAUUCUUGCUGCCAGGAUGUGAAGUUGUCAUGGAGCACACCAGGGUUGAAGUCGGGACUGGAGUUAGGGUUAACAGGAGAAGCAUAUGACAUGGGCGGGGAGAUGGGGAUUGCAUUGGAGACAUACACCCGUGCCUUGGGAAUCCUUCUUCCUCUCUUGCCUGCCGAACCUCAAAGUCCACGCCGAGAUCUACUCUCCUCCCAGGCCUCCAAGACAGGGAACUUCCAUGUCGGGGUCGAGUUUCGUGAGCUGGAGUUCGAUCUGGAGACCCUCGGGAAGAUUCUCGUAGACCUCGAAUUCCACGCCCAAGUUCACGGUCCCCGGGUACUGGAUCGGGUCGGGGCUCAGAGUCCCUUGAACGAACAGGAUCGUCGCGUCCGCUCCUCCUGGGGAAGUCCAUGGAAUUCGCUGUCGUCUCGAGUCAAAUGUUAA